AUGGCGACCACUACGGAUACCAACACGUACAAGUUCAACCACUCGAUGAUUCGAGUCAAAGACCCCAAGAGGUCCGUCGAAUUCUACGAGUUCCUCGGCAUGAGCCUCAUCAAUAAGCUCUCCUUCCCCGACUUCAAGUUCGACCUCUACUUCCUCGGCUACGACUCCCCCAAGGCCCUCUCCCACGGAAAUAAGACGUUCGACCGCGAGGGACUCAUCGAGCUCACGCACAACUACGGCACCGAAAACGAUGACACCUACAAGAUCAACAACGGCAAUGUCGAGCCCCACCGAGGCUUUGGGCACACGUGUAUCAGCGUCGACAACAUCCAGGCCGCGUGCAAGAGGAUCGAAGAUGCGGGGUACAAGUUCCAGAAGAAACUUACGGAUGGCAGGAUGAAGCAUAUCGCCUUUGCUUUGGAUCCGGAUGGGUACUGGGUUGAGGUUAUUGGACAGAAGCCUCUCGAGGAGACGGAAAACGUUACGACGACGGAUGUGUCUACCUAUCGAAUGAACCACACCAUGCUUCGAGUCAAGGAUGCCGAAAGGUCGCUCAAGUUCUACCAGGAGGUUAUUGGCAUGACCUUGAUUCGCACUCACGAGUCGCCCAACGGAGGCUUCAACCUCUACUUCUUGGGCUAUCCCGGCAAGGAGGGUAUCCCCGCCGAUAAGAACACCAGCAACAGGGAGGGUCUCCUCGAGUUGACGUGGAACUAUGGCACGGAGAAGGACGAGGCCUUUAGCUAUCACGACGGCAACAAGGAGCCCCAAGGCUUUGGCCAUAUCUGCAUUGCGGUGGACAACCUCGAUGCGGCAUGCCAGCGAUUCGAGGACCUCAAGUGUAACUGGAAGAAGAGGUUGACGGACGGCAAGAUGAACAAUGUUGCGUUCCUCCUCGACCCCGAUGGUUAUUGGAUUGAGGUUGUGCAGAACGAGGGUAUUUCUGGCAAGGAUAACUUUUGA